AUGCCUCGAAACACAGCUAAACACUCCUCGUUGCCCCAAAAUAAUUUGCCUCUCUCAUCUCUCGAAUCGUCUUUUUUCGACUCUCUUGAUGAACUAGCAAACUGGCAAAAGCGGAUCAGUGAGAGAUUGUUUGAACUCGACGAGCUUAAAAAACCUACUGAGAAACUCGAGCGUUAUGCGAGAGCAAGACAGCAAAGCGCGUCAGAAGACGUGAAGCUUCUAGUUUGUCACGAUCUAAAAGGUGGCUACCAGAUCAACGAAGAUGAGGAUCCCCUGGGAUACUUUCCCCAUCCAGACGGCCAGCAUUACUUUCUCCAGUACCCGCAAUUGGUCGACAAAUUUGUGUAUUUCUCUCAUCAUCGCGUCAGUGUCCCGCCGGUGGCCUGGAUCAAUGUGUGCCACCGGAACGGGAUCAAAUGCUUAGGCACUGUCAUCUUUGAAGGAAACUCGUACCGCGAUUUUGAAGAGGCUGAUAAACUGCUCACAAAGCAAGACGGAGAGUAUGUUUUUGUCAAAUGUCUAGUUGCGCUGGUGGAAUAUUUCCAAUUUGACGGCUAUCUUUUCAACAUUGAGACGAGGUUCAGCAAUACGCGAAUAGCCAGUCUUUUAGAGCCUUUUUUGGAACAGCUAAGAGCAGAUCUUCAUGUGAGUAAUCCUUCAACGGAGCUUAUAUGGUACGACUCCUACAUCUACCCAGAAAAUAGAGUUCUGUACAAAAAUGGUGUCACCGAAGCCAACCACAAUUUUUUCUCUUGCUGCGAUUCCUUCUUCACAAACUACUGGUGGAACGUGAAGCAUCUACAGGAUAAUAUCAAAAAUGUUGGUGUUUUAGGAUCCCGACUGAAAGUCUAUGCAGGCUACGACGUAUGGGGAAGAGGCACAGUGAUAGGAAAAGGGGGUUACGAUUCGGCCCUGGCAUGCCAGAUGAUCAAGAAGUACCGCUCCAAUGUCGCUCUAUUUGCUCCUGCUUGGACUUAUGAAUACUUGGAUCGAAAAGACUUUACUCAAAACGAUACACGGUUUUGGACAGGCCUUUUUGACGGAGAGUCUUCCGUGGCUACCACUUUCAAGCCUUACUGCUCGCCGCUUUAUAAAAUCAACGAUUCCAAUUUCGUUUUUUACACCAAUUUUGGAUCUGGAGAGGGCUGUGGGUUUUACGAACGCGGAGAAAAGGUGUAUCACGAUAAUUGGGUCAAUGGUUCAUUGCAAAUGGAGAUUCCUAUCGCCAUUCACAAGAGGCAUAAAAAUGGGAUGCAAUGGAGACUCUCAAAAGAGGACUCGUUUUAUGGAGGUUCCUGUGUGGAGAUCAAAUACAAUGAAGUCGUUGACGAUAACGGGUACCAAGUUUUUAACCACCAGACGAUUAAUUCGUUCGCACUAUUUUCAUUUGUCCAGGAUUGUUCUUUCCCAACGAUAAAUGUGAAACUGACCUACAAGCUGAACCACAGGACGAAAUCUUUUUUUAAGUUGAAAAUAGGCUACUAUGUCGAACGGCGUUAUAGAACUGUUCAGAAGGUGAGAAGCGGAUGUCUGGUGGUUCCCUUGCUUUCAACGAACGAUCAGUGGCUCACCGCAGAAGAACCGUUCCAUGUAAGUUUGCAGAAUUCACACGAAUUUAUAGUCCUGGAUUCGGCUACACUAUCCUACGAAGAAACGGAAGAUCCAUUUAUGCGCGCGCACGUGGUCGAAGAUCAAUCGACCUCAAGUGUUAUUGACAACGAGGAAUACGAGAAGCUCAUGAAUAGCGAGAUAUAUUUUGAUGACGAAGAUGAGGACUGGAUUCUCGUCCCUUCUGACAUCUCAAUGGAAUCAACCGAUAACGGAGGAAGGCCAAAUUAUCCUUGGAAAGUGAUCAGCGAUCAAAUAGGCAACAAGCACCCUAAAUUGCAUGCUUCCACAUCACCUGUGCUAAAGCUAGGAGAACUAGCUAUCAUAAAUGCCAAUGACUACCCAUCAGAUACCUUCUUCAAGGUAAUGCCGAUAAACUCCAUUGAUGUGAGGCGCUGGGACGGUAAGGUCUUGCUAAUAUGGAAAAUCAAUACUGACUCAGUUCUUUACCAUCUAAUAUUUGUUGAUGAUGCGUUUCAAGGCAUAUCGUUAGUUCCCAAAUUUGUCUUUGAGGACAGAGCAGUUGACGAAAAGAAUUCCAAGACGCAAUCUGGAAGCACUUUGAAAGUGAGGAUUGAUACCGUCAGCAGACUUGGUGUACUUGUCAAAGGUACCGAUAUGCACAUUUGA